AUGAUGCAGCGUAAAUUACAAAGUCUAAAUCUUGCUGAGCAUCAGCAAAAAAUGCAGGAUGUGGCUAGAAAGAAAGUAGAAGAGCCAGGUGCUAUUGCAGGUAUAGAUCAGGAUGUAGUUUUGCCAUGCGGUAAGCUCUUAUAUGCAAGAGGUACAAGAGUUAAUCCGCUAGAUUAUAUGUCAUGGGACGGCACACUAGUAUUUAUUGACGGUCGAGAUAAAACGCAAAUAGUUUGGGUAAAAGAUAAUUAUUUAGAGGAGAUAUUAUCAAAUAGCAGAGCAGUAGUGGAGAACAACUUAAGCGAGUUAAAUAAAGAGCAUGCGAAGAAUGCUAGUAGCUCUGACGGUACUAAAAUCAUCUUAACUGGUGGUAGACCGCUUGAGCUAGAAAGAGAAAUUGGUAGUCCAAUAUAUUUUGAUCAAGCAGGAGAAUUGACAAGAAAGUUUAAUAUUAACUAUGUGCCGGCAAUAGUAGAGCAAGAAGAGCAAUCUAGCUUUGAUGUAGCCUAUAUUAGUGAACUAGAUGUAGCGUGGAAUGACGAGAAACUACAAACUCUUUUAAAUCCAGAAGUUUUUUUAUUUGGCAAUCACUUAGCACAAGCUGCCUGUAGCAUUGAUUGUGCUGCUUCUACGGUUGAUUUACCAAGAGACGAAAUGUUUUGGUGUGCUGGCUGCUGGGGUAAUAUUUAUCCAUUUUCGGGGGCAAAUAGCGAUCAUGUUGGUGGUAUCCAAUCAAGCAGUCUAUAUGCUACUCGUAUUCUUGCCAAGAUGCACCGAAUAGGACUCGCUCAGGAAACAUCUACAUCGGAAAACACCUCUCCUGUAGGUGGAGGAAAACUAUGUCGUAAAUCAAGAGCAUUAAAAAUUAAGAAGAGUCAGUACAAGCUGCAAAUGGUUAAUCCGGUAUCAACAUCAAGUGGGAUAGGCUGUUUUCCACUUGGAUUAUCGGACAUGUUGUACUCUGCAUUUAAGGAAUAUCCCUAUGAUGGGCAGGAUUUUGCUAGUACACAUGCAGCGACAGAAUGUGAUGAUGCCAAUAGUAAGAGCGAUAAUCAGUACAAGUUGAUUCAGCAAGCAGCAAUAGCUGAUAUCAAAUGGGCUAGUGAUUUAGCAAGGAGUAACAUUGACAUGGUAUGGCAAAACUUGCGAGAUAAGUGGUGUAAGCAAGAGCAGUUAGAAGGACAGGAUGCUUUUACACCCAGUAAUAAUAGUAAUGCUCCAUCGCUGCGGCAAUUUACUGGUCUUUAUGUUUUUGUAAGUAGCUCGAUGCCCAAACCGUUACUACAAUCUUAUUUGAGGGAGGCAAGUAAGUAUGGAGGAGUCUUAGUAUUUAAAGGUUUACCCGGUGGUAGUUUUAAAGAAUUAACCAAGCUGGUUCUAGAAUUAACUAGUGAGCAGGAUAAGCGGCAGGAGCUAGCAUCUAUUAUGCAGAUAGACGAUGAAGCGUAUGAGAGAUUUGAAAUUGUAUCAGUUCCAACUAUCGUAUUGUCGCAAACAGAUGAUUAUCACCCAACUAAGCCAGCUAUGAUAAAGUUUGACAAGAUGGUUGGUAAUGUUGGAGUUAAAUAUGCUUUAACAGAAUUUGCAAGCAUGAGUUAUGCAAAUUUCUUUGAACAACGUUAUCGUGGUUGGUUAUGGUUUGAAGAGAAGAUGACAGAUCAAGAUAUGAUUUACAAGAAUAAUAGAUUCGAUGCAUCGGAGCAGCUAAGUAACGAUAUUACCCCAGAGCAGGCUAAAGCAGAAAUAGAGCAAUUUGCUAAGGAACUUGCUGAUCUCAAGUUUAUGAUGCUGGCUCGCCCCACCCCGGAAAAUGUUAAGGCUUACCGAGAUAAGGAAAAACAAAUGUGGAAGCAAGCAGAAACGUUGCAUGAUAGCUGGGAUAUGGCAAAUCUUCUUUAUCCUGAGCAACGUGAUCUUAUCAAUAAUCCAGUAAAUGUUCAUGGGGUAAAAGCCAAAAGAGCGAUGCAAGAAGCAAAGAAUUUUCAGAAGAUUCAGCAGUUAGCUAAGGAGUUUGAUUUAGUAUUAUUUUUUAGCAAGCAGUGUCAAUACUGUCAAUUGUUAGCACCAGUGCUUAAAAAUUUUGGUUCUCGAUAUGGUUUUAAUAUUGAUGCGGUAAGUAACAGUGGUAGUAAACAUGAAUAUUUUAAGACAUACCAAGCUGAUGGAUUAAUAGAACGUUUAAACAUAAGUGAAUUUCCUACAGUUAUCGCUGUAAGUCAUGAUGCUAAAACAGCAUUUGAACUAAUUCGUGGCUAUGUAAGCGAAUCGGAAUUGGCAGAAUAUAGUUUGCUGGCUGUAAAACAUCUUGCAGAUAUCAAGAACAAAGUAGCUGUUGAUAACAGUUUAAUAUCAAACAAGUUAAUGAAAUAUGCAAGUCCUGAUGGGAGCAUGAGUAAUGUUAACAAAGCAGCGAUUAUCAACGAUCAGCAAGGCGGUUAUAUGACUGGUGGUUCAGUUAUCUUAAGAGGUCCACGCCCAAAAACUUUGCAACCCCUAACAAUACAAACUCCUAAACUAGAGUUUGAUGCUUGUACCGGCUCUGCUGAUUUUCGCUUUGGCGGGCUUAGUUAUAUUUCCAGCAGAGAGUUUACCCAGUUUUUUAAGAAUAUGGGUACGGCAUCAGGUGCUUAUGCUGUCAAAAUGCUGAUUAAAUCAUCCUGUCCUCAAUGUGAAGAUAUCAUGUCUUACAUGGAAACGGUAGCAAGAGAUGUUAAUGGUACGAUGAUGGAUCAAUGUGCAGCAGGUCAAGCUCUAGCUAAGGGAGCAUUUUCUAUGAUUAAUAGUAGUAGUCAGCAAAGAUGUUUAAUACAAGGCAAUAUUGGUAAAACUAGUAAAGACAUGUAUGAGGCAAGCGACAAAUGUAAAAAUAAUCCGGAUCAUCAUGGUAAUAGUGGAGAGGAAGAUGAACUUAAAUCCUUGCUU